AUGAUGAAGAGCGAGCACAACCACUCUGGAGACAUGUCGGAUGUGGUUGCCAUACAUGAAGAAGAGAAACGUCAAAUGGGCAACGCUGUCAUUGACCCUGCGGAUGGGAGCCUCGAGUCGGCAAACCCUUCGGGCAUCAACUUGAAAAAGUUGGUCCGAAAAGCUGACUUGAGGAUUGUCCCAUUGCUAUCUUUCAUGUACCUGCUCAACUAUCUCGACCGAGGCAAUGUUGGCAAUGCCAAAGUCCUCAACAAGGAGACCAAAGAUGACCUUUUGUCUCAAACCGGAAUGACCGCAACAGGUUAUGCCGUCACGGUCAGCCUGUUCUCCGUCGCCUAUACUCUGUUUGAAGUGCCAUCCAACUGGAUCAUCAAACGUUAUGUUCGCCCUUCGCUCUGGCUGGGAAUCCUCCUUUUCUGCUGGGGUGCAACGACUCUUGGAUUUGCUGGUGUCAAGACCUAUCCGCAAGUUGUGGUUCUUCGAUUCCUCAUUGGCAUCUUUGAAGCCGGCUUCUUUCCAGGCAUUGUCUACUUCACUACCUUCUGGUACCGUAUCGAGGAACGUGGACUGCGAAUCGCCUUCGUCGCAGCCCAUGCCAAUCUUGCCGGUGCCUUUGGCGGUGUCAUUGCCUAUGGCGUUGGACAUCUCAAUGGAGACGGUGGACUGCAGGGGUUCCGGUGGCUCUUCAUCAUUGAGGGUGUCAUUACCGUCGUCCUUUCAUUUGCCCUUCUCUUCUGCCUGCCCGACUAUCCAUCCAUCGCCAAGUGGCUCUCGCCGGAAGAGAAGAAGGCUUAUGACGAUAGACUCGGAGAGGAGGGAGCAAGUUAUUCCAGGGCGCCUGCUACUCGAAAGGAAACAUUGGAAACCUGUUUCUCACCCCGGAUGCUGCUUCAUUAUGGCAUCUACUUGAUCAACACGGUUCCUCUGGCCUCCUUCACAUUCUACACCGCAACCAUCAUCACUGGCUUGGGCUACAAGUCACUGGAAGCACAAUUGUUGACAAUUCCACCUUGGGUAGUUGGAUAUCUCUUUGCAUUGAUCUACUCCUUCUCGGCAGAUCGUCUCAAUGCUCGAGGUUAUCACAUUGCCUUUGGGUCAAUCUUGGGCGGUCUUGGCUGGUUGAUCUCUGGCUGCCUCCCAGUCCACGCCUACACCGCUCGAUAUGGUUGUCUUGUGCUUGCAUCUGCUGGAGCCUUCCCGUGUGUCCCGCCGCUGAGUGCCUGGGUUUCUGGAAACUCUCCUGGAAUCGCCUCCAUUGCGGUUGCUACGGCUUUGAACAACUCGGCUGCUGGAAUUGGUCAGAUCAUCGCUCAGUGGAUCUGGAUACCCAGCGAAGUUGACCGAGGCUAUCCUACCGGUAACUUUACGUGCGCUGCGUGCAGCUUCAUGGUGGCGGCCUGCGCUCUGGUCCUGCGAUUUUGGUACGGUCGAAUGAACAAGAACAAUGUUGCCGAUGCCAAUGGUCACCCAAGGGUGUGGGCUUAUUGA